AAGCUAGCUGCGUUGAAAUUGGGUGGGUUUGACCCUUGUUUGGCUCGGUUCGGAGGACCGACUAUGGCGACUUGGUGGAGAUGGCGUUGCACUGCACUGCGCUGCACUGCAUGUAAGAUAGAUCCUGCCAACGGUCCUGGGCACAUUCAGCUUCGGUGA